CUCUGCGUCUUUCUCUUUCUCUCUCUGUAGUUGAGAACGCGAACCACUGAAAAACCCGCGAAAAGACUCGAGCAAGAACCAACAAUGGCGGAACCCAAGACCAAGUACGAUCGUCAACUCAGGAUUUGGGGAGAAUUAGGCCAAUCGGCUCUUGAAAACGCGAGCAUCUGUUUGCUCAAUUGUAGCCCAACUGGCUCUGAGGCUCUAAAGAAUCUUGUUCUAGGUGGAAUCGGAAGUAUCACCAUUGUUGACGGAUCUAAAGUAGAAAUUGGCGACCUUGGAAACAAUUUCAUGGUGGAUGCGAAGAGCGUUGGUCAGUCAAAAGCCAAAACUGUCUGUGGCUUUCUUCAGGAGAUUAACGAUGCUGUUAAAGCAAACUUUGUUGAGGAGAAUCCAGACACAUUGAUUUCGACUGACCCAUCUUUCUUCUCUCAGUUCACUCUAGUUAUCGCCACUCAGCUAGUGGAAGAUUCAAUGGUGAAAUUAGAUAAAAUCUGCCGGGAAGCAAAUGUCCUGUUGGUUUUGGCUCGCUCCUAUGGCCUUACUGGGUUUGUUCGUAUCUGUGUAAAGGAACAUACCGUUAUCGAGUCAAAGCCCGAUCAUUCUCUUGAUGAUCUCCGCUUGAAUAAUCCAUGGCCUGAACUGAAGAGGUAUGUGGAGUCCAUUGAUCUAAAUGUAGAAGAACCCGCUGCCCAUAAGCACAUUCCUUACGUCGUCAUUUUAGUCAAGGUGGCUGAAGAAUGGGCUCAAACCCAUAGCAGCAACCUUCCAUCAACCAGGGAAGAGAAAAAUGAGUUUAAGGAUUUAGUUAAGUCCAAGAUGGCAUCAACGGAUGAAGAUAAUUACAAAGAAGCCAUUGUAGCCGCUUUCAAAGUUUUUGCUCCUAGAGGAAUCAGCCAAGAGAUUCAAGACAUUAUUCAUGAUAGUUGUGCUGAAGUUGGCUCAAAUUCCUCAGAUUUUUGGGUAAUGGUAGCAGCACUCAAGGAGUUUAUUUCAAAUGAAGGUGAUGGGGAGCCACCACUUGAAGGUUCCAUGCCUGAUAUGAUAUCUUCCACAGAGCACUACAUCAAUUUGCAAAAACUCUACCAUUCCAAAGCUGAAGCUGAUUUUCUUUCCAUGGAGCAGAGAGUAAAAAGCAUUCUAGUUAAAGUUGGUCAGGAUCCAAGUAGCAUCCCAAAACCUACUAUCAAGAGCUUCUGCAAGAAUGCAAGAAAACUUAAAGUCUGCAGAUAUCGAACGAUAGAGGACGAGUUCAAAAACCCUUCUGCAACAGAACUACAUAAGUACUUGGCUGAUGAGGAUUACAGUAGCGCAAUUGGAUUUUAUAUUCUUCUUAGAGCUGUUGAUAGAUUUGCUGCGACCUAUAAGAAGUUUCCUGGACAGUUUGAUGGAUCAACUGAUGACGACGAAUCCCAGUUAAAGACUAUUGCCCUGAGUCUUCUUAGCGAGAUGGGUUGUGACGGCUAUGUACUUAAGGAAGAACUUUAUAGUGAGAUGUGUAGAUUUGGUGCUGCAGAGAUUCAUGUGGUUACUGCUUUCAUAGGAGGAGUCGCAUCUCAAGAAGUGAUCAAGCUUAUCACGAAGCAGUUUGUUCCCAUGCUAGGAACUUUCAUCUUCAACGGCAUUGAUCACAAGUCUCAGUCUUUGAAAUUAUAGAAGAUUCUUAGACACUGGCGGCUGCAGAAGAACUCCAACAUAUCUUUUAUCCUCACUUCAAGUUGAAAACUUAACCUUUUUUGGAGUUUUUAUUCUGCCAUACACCAGACUAACUAGAUAUAAUUCUUCGUAGAAACAGUUUCGAAUUCAUCAUUGUAUAUUUAUUGAUUUUUGAGCCGCGGUUCAAAACCGAAGAGCUCUUGUUAAGUGAUGGGCAUAGAGCCAUUUUUGUAUGACUUUGGUAAAACUAAAUUCUUUUGUCUUUUCAAAAUAAAGGCACAGACUGCAA